UUUUACCAUCGCAAUGACGGCUGGGGGCCCAUCAACGAGGCGGAUGUGGAUCCCAGAGCCUGCUGCCCCCUGCGCUGCCUGUUCAUGUGGAAGAUGAAGGAUGGGCAGAAUGUGGCCAACGCGCGGGUGCUCUACCAAGGGUUAAAGCGCCGCGACGUCGCCGAGGGCCAGCUCGACGAGGAAGUGGCGACCUUCAGCAGGCCUGGCCGGCGUACGGUCAUGCUCUGGGCGUCUCUAAGGAAGUGGAGGUUGUUCAGCACGGGCAUCAAGUCCGCAUUUCAACAGGCUGAGGACGUGCCCGCACGCGGCCUCAAGCUGCGCGCGAGCCCGACGAAGGAGAUGAGAGAGAUGCUCUCUGACCAGAUCGGCCUGCAACCUGGACGGCCGCCCAGGAUGAUCAAGCCGCGUUUUGGUGACCCGCGGUCGCCCAAGCAUCGGCGCUAUCGUUCCGACGAAGUCGCGGGGGAGAUCGGGUUCAAGAACCACGCGCUCGAGGAUUGCUUGUUGCUGUCCCUGCGCCCGGCGAGGGUCGACGACGGUCCGUUCGACGCGCGCAGCUUCGAGGGCCAGACCUGCGCGGUGGAUGGGCGCGACGAACGACGGGACCUCUACGCGAAGCCCAACGGUACCGAGUGCUUCCAGGCGCGGCUAGGGAUGCUCAACGAGAAGUUUAAGUUCGGCAAGUGGGAGUUCGGACCGAGUCCGGUCUUCACUGGAGGCGAAGUGGGGCAGUCUCUGAGCACCUACGGCGCGACCCUCAAGUUCGAGAGGUACCUGCGCG